GAUCAGUCUGUUCAUUCUUUCUAGGCCCUUGUCGCAAACACAUACAUUAGCCUGAUUCAUAUCUAGAUAAGUUAACUUUGAAUUAACUCAUUGAAAUUGAGUGCAUGCAUUUAAAAAGCAUUUACAUUUCUCCUAAGUGCAGUCAAUUAAAUGUGGAACUCUUCAACGCUUCGAGUUGCCAUGAAACAGGUUGUAAACAGCAAUGGCGGACAGCUAAGCCGACAGGUGCCUGUUGACAUUUGUUUAUACUUAAUUGGAACAUUAAUGACAUGAGGAUGGAUAGAAGAAUAGGCCUAGCAGCAUUAGAUGUGGAGAGGUAUUCCAAGCAAGGAACAGCCGAUCUCCAAGUGGGAAAUAUAGAAAAAGCCCUGGAUGCAUUUAAGUAUGCUUACAAACGUUCUCGGGAUGUUGACGAUGGCUAUACUGAAAGGGCAUGUGCUUUCAACCUUGGUGCUGCAUAUAUUGCUGCUAACCAGGCCAAAAGAGGAUUAGAUGUUCUGCAGCAAGCUGUUCCUCCAGACAACAAAAAGGAGGGACGAUCAAACGGGGACCUAUACUUCAAUUUCGGCUUAGGAUUUGAAAAUCUUGGAAAUCUUGAGGAAGCUGUAAGAAAUUACACAAAAGCCUAUGAAGAGUAUAAAUCUGAGAGAGAUAAUCUUCAGAUGGAGGCUGAAUCUCUAGAAAAACUUGGAAAUCUUCAAGUGAAAGCAGACAACAUUUUUGCAGAAGAUUCCCUUGGAAAAUUGGCAGAUGUUUAUGCUCUAUUGAAUAAACCUGUUAAACAGUUAGAGAGCUUGUGUCAGAAAGCCAACCAACAGCACAAGCAGAAUAAAUGUACAGAGUUUGAAGCUACCGCUGAUGAAUGUCUCAAACUUACUGAGAAAUGUGGUCCUGUUACGCAAGUCGGAAAUGUUCUAAAUGACCUUGGGCUGAUCUUCACACAAAUGCAGAAGUACGACCGAGCCAUUGCUUGUUUUGAGCAAGCAUUACCAUUGGUCCGUGGCAGGUCAGGUGAUAAGAAGCAGGAAGCUGUGAUCAUCCAGAACCUUGGUGCCACCUACAACUUCCUUGGUGACUACCAGAGAGCUGUUGGCUUCCAUGAAUCUGCCUCAGCUUUAUACGCUGAGCUGAAGAAUCGGAACAGCCAGGGACAGUGUUUUGCUAAUCUGGCUUUUGCUCUGAGUCAGUUAGGAGACAAAGAAGGGGCUGGGGAGGCCUUUCUUCAUGCCCACCAAGCUGCCAAAGAUACUGGAGACACUCGCACACAGUGGCAGGUGCUAGAGGGCCUUGGGGCAGUAGCCUUCAACAACGGAAAUAUCGCUCGAGCCAUCGACUGCUUCAAACGAGCCCUAGCUGUUAUAGCGGCUUCCGAGUCAAACACAGCAGUGCAGGACAGAAUUGUAGGCAAACUGACCCAUGCUCUCCAGGAACAGAUUAUAAGGAAGUCUGGUGGUACCAUCAAGCGGGAUGUUCCUGUAAAGACUGACCAGCACCAGCUGAGAAUGGCGAACGUUCUCCCCAGCAGGGCUUCACAAGGAGCUGAUCUAAUGCCUUUGACUGAACAACCCAUCAAGGAGGAAGCUGCCGUUCCUGUACAGACAAGUAAUCAACCAGACAGUCGCAGAUUUGUGCCUGUGAACAGACCUGGGUCUAGAAGAGAGUUCCAGAAGGUGGCGCGGGGCCUCAGCUCACUCGGAGGAUCAAUUACCAUGGAUGGGAGUGAGACCCUGAGACCGGGUACUCUGAUAGGGAGUUCCUCUGGGUCAUCCUCCUCAUCAACAUCUUCAUCCUCCUCCUCAGAGGAAGAUAGCCAGGAUGAGAAAAGGAAAGCGAAAGUGAAAGUAGAGGUUAAGCCGGAGGAAAGUCUUCAACAUACCACUAAAUAUGGAAGUUUAACAGCUUCAAAACGACUGGAUGCUAAGUCUGUCAGGGUGCAGCGCAAGCCACUGCUGUCGACAGCAUCCGAAAAAACAUCAUCAUCAGACUCCUCAUCUUCAUCUGAGGAGGAGGGAGAAAAAGAGGACGAUGAGGAGGAGCACAAUGAUAAGAAGGCUGUCGAGGCAGCAAUGCAAAAAUAUGCUGAAGAUGAGGAAAGCUCAAGCUCUAGUUCUGAAGAAGAGGAAGAAGAAACAAAACAAAAACACGUACGUGCCUUAGUGACAGUGGAUGAGGGGAGCAAAGAAUCCUCAUCAUCCUCAUCUUCGUCUUCGUCUAGUUCUGAUGAAGAAGAGAAGUCCCCUCCUCUUCCCACAACCUCCCCGUUCCCAUCUGGACGUGUCAACACGUACGAGAGCCCAGGACUACACUACGGACAGAUCGACUUUGAAAACAAACAGAAAGGUGAGGUAGCUUCUACCACAAGCAGGGGAGACAACCCCAACUAUUUAAGUGGGCAGUCUGACCUCUCUAAAGAAGAUGACGAUCAAGAAGAUGAAAGUGAUGAUGAAUUUGAUUUCUCGAAUUCAGGAAAUUAUGAAAAUAUUCAUGAAUUAAGGACCCAUGGGACCUUUGUAACUGCCCCACCACCUAGCCACAAAGAUACUGGUCCUAAGGAUGCAGAGCGAGCUGCUGCAGCAGCACGUGCUGCCGGUAAUUGGGAGGACCACGGCGAGGAUGACCCCACCUACCAGAGCAUAGACUUCCGCACACGCCAGGAGGGUUUUGCUGACCCUCCAUCGUUUGAAAAAAUGUCGGACCUACCAAGAGGAGAGAGCCGUGCUCUCGCUGAUCAAGAGAGCUAUCUUCAUAGCCAACACAUGAAGCUUGUGGACGAUAAGAAGACGAAAAGUGAGGAGGGUCACGACCAAAACGUGAAAGAGUCCAAAACAUGUGUCGUGAUGUGAUAGGGAAAGUAGUGCAUAAACAGCAAUCAGCGGGUGACUUUUAAACUCUUUUGAUAUCUUUAUAUCAUUAAUUACAUACUUAGCAAUUCUGUAUUAUAAUACGGCAUUGCCAUAACAUGUGUAGCAAUCAAAACCGUCCAGGCCUUGUUAAUACAUUUUCAUUGUGAUAGUUUUUCGUUUAUUAAAAUUUGUUUUUGGAAUACUAACAUAUGAUUAUUUUGUUGUUGUUAAGUAGUCAUUGUAGUUAAGCUGUUUAAAAAUGAAAACUGUAAAAUCCACCUUAAAUGAUGUCGCACAUUGAAGGACGCGAGAUUUUGUAUACUUUUGUAAACAACGUAAAAUCAUUUAACAGCUUGUUUCCAAUAGAAGGAAUCUGUUUUUUCGAUACUUGUUAGGGAUACCUGCAAACAGGUUUAAGCAUGCAUUACGGAAGUGCAAGUGAACGGAACGGUAAUUAUAAAUGUGUGCGUAACCUUAACGUCAUGUACUGUUAUCAACCAAAAUUUAACAUAUGAAAAUAUCAACCUGUGAAGUAUUUACCGAAUUCAUUAAUGUUGGAAAUUUGGGUUAGCCUAUUUUACAUAUGAGAGAGCGAAUCUGUGUUUGUAUGCUCCUUUCCAUCUGGUACCACAUGCGGUUUCGAUGUGAGGUUAAAUGAUGUUUUCACGACCCCUCUGGUUGGGAUUGUGAUGUUACUUAAAUGUGUUUGCACGACCCUUCAGUUUCUGUUGUCUUUCGUAUCCGUUUUGAGUUCCAAUUUAUAUAUAUAUUUUUUUAUUAUUUUACUUAUUAUACAAUUCUAACAGAUAUUAAUUUUACGUUCCAAAUUCUACACAUGAUAUCACAAUCUAAUUAGUUGUCGCAAUCAAUAUUUUACCGUCAGUUCAAAACGCAAAAUUGAAAUCGAUUUUGUGUUUUCAUGAAUAGAUGUUUUAUGUUAAUUAUUUGUAUUACCUCUUUUUUUAAGAACGUUGGAAUUUGUCAAUCAUAUCACUUUCAUAGCAAGUUGUUGAUUUAUUGGGGUUUUAGUCUAAGGGUUUUCAUUUGUUUCAAAGAAACAUGUACAAUCGUACUAUACACUGUGUUUGAGUUAUAUAUACACAGACGCUAGUUAAUGUACACAUUCAAUCGGCGCUAGUAAAUCCCUCACCUCUCGUCCAAAAUGUAAACAAAUGAGCUGGUUGACUUGUAAAGUUUCAAAAGUAAAAGAUAAAAUAUGUUUUAUAGUCCCAAUAGUAACUGGCUAGAUAGUAGGUCAAUGAAUGAGUCAUGACUACUCACCUGAAGUGGACUGCAUGACAUCACCUGAGAUUGAAAGUAUGACACUUCUCCACAGAGGAAAGAUUAUAUUUCUGACCUGAGAGUGAUUGCACGACUCUUCUGGCGUUAGAUUUAAUGACAUAUGUCCAUAUGUCAAUAACAACGAUCCAACAUCGAGGUACUUUUAGGUUUUUAAUUCAGGUGUUCAUCCAUUAUCAAUGACCUUUGUGUACUUGGUAUGGUAAUAUAAUGGUGGUAUCAUACACUAACAGGUUAUUUGGUAUAAAACGAGCGUUGAUGAAUGGUACGAGUUUAAAAUGAAUUUGACAUACGUUGUACAUUGUAUGCAUAACACUGAAAAAGAAGGAGAUGUCUAGAUAUAUAAGGUAGUUCAAGGUAUUUCUCACGAAAGAGUAUAUGUAUAGUCUGUAUAUUAUAGUUGUAGAUGCAAUCAUAUUUAAACAUUCUGUUGUUUGUUAGAGUUGUAUAGAAAGGAUUUUUUUUAUUGUGUUUUAUGUUUUGAUUUGUUGUUUUCACAUUUUAGUUACUUACAUUUGUAUAAAUGUCUCGUUUCUCUGUGCUAAAUUAAAGCUGAUGUGAUACUCUAUAAAUUACAUCUUAUGUUUUAUACUUACUAACCAGACAAUAAAUCA